ACCAGGGUAACACAAAGUGUGGCCACCAAGUGCCAAGGGCCUGGGCCCUCCCUGCAGGCCGGCCGAGGCACAGCGUGCCCUCGCACCGCCCCUCCCCAGCGGGGGCAGGAGCGGCGGCGGCGGUGGGAGAAGCGGCAGCGGCCGUCGCUGCUGCUCGGGAGAGACGGGAAAGGGGAGAGGAAGCCGAGAGCGAGGAGCGCGGGGCAGCGGGCUCAUGACUCAGUGAGCGGCCACAGCUCCUUUCCAGCCCCGCGCCCGGCCGGAGUCGGGGCGACCGCGACGGAUUGUCCCGCAGCCUGUGCCCGGCACCAGCGAGAGAGAGACCUGCGCUCGCCUGCAGCAUCUGCCAUGUCUACAGAGGGGCAGAGAGUGGAUGAUAGUCCAAGCACUAGUGGAGGGAGCUCUGAUGGAGAUCAGCGUGAAGGUGUUCAGCAGGAACAAGAAAGGGAGCAAGUUCAACCCAAGAAAAAAGAGGGGAAAAUAUCAAGCAAAACAGCUGCUAAAUUGUCAACUAGUGCUAAAAGAAUUCAGAAAGAACUUGCAGAAAUUACAUUAGACCCUCCUCCGAACUGUAGUGCUGGACCCAAAGGAGACAACAUUUAUGAAUGGAGGUCAACUAUACUGGGACCUCCAGGGUCUGUAUAUGAAGGUGGAGUUUUCUUCCUUGACAUAACCUUUUCACCGGACUAUCCUUUUAAACCACCCAAGGUAACGUUCCGGACACGGAUCUACCACUGUAACAUUAACAGCCAAGGCGUCAUCUGCCUGGACAUUUUAAAGGACAACUGGAGUCCAGCAUUAACCAUUUCUAAAGUUCUCCUCUCCAUCUGCUCCCUCCUCACAGACUGUAACCCCGCUGACCCCCUGGUUGGAAGCAUUGCCACUCAGUACAUGACUAACAGAGCAGAGCACGACAGAAUGGCCAGACAGUGGACCAAGCGAUAUGCCACAUAGGAACCUCCUCAAGGAUUUGCUGGACCUGUGCAAGCACAUUCACUAAGUGCAUCAAUAGCCCUUCCCUUCAUUCUUAUUUUUUAUUAAAUCUUGAACCAUUUUGUGACAAAAGGUUGUCCUUACUUCCUUUUUUUUUUUUCUUUCAUUUUGGUUUAUUUUUAUUUGUUCUGGGUUUUUUUGUUCUGUUAACUUGAAAGUUGUUUCCCUCAAAUGUAGACAGGGAAUUUUGGUUAUCAGUGCAAAGAAUGUUGGAUCUGUAAUAGUAUAGAGCUUUAUCAGAAAGCUUUGUAUUAAUGUGUGGGGUUGGUUUUUUUUUUUUUUUUCUCUUUCAUGUGGAUUUGGGGAAAACAAACAAAUUCAGAAUUAUAUCUCAUUUCUACUUAAAUGUAGUGUUUAGGGUUAUUUUUUUGUACUGAAGUCUUUAAUGGUGGGUGCAUGCUACUGGGAACAAGUUUUGUAUAAAAGCUUAAAAUCAAGAAUCACUGUGCAUUACUAAGACUGUGUUUAUCACUAGCCUUCUGUUUCCCACACAAAAGGCUAUUGCAUUGAACAAAUUAAUAUGUAUUUUGAUUUACUUAAAAAACAAAAAAAAAAGUGCUUGUAAAUUUCUUAGGGACCUGCCACUUUUGACUGUGGAUCAGUUGAUGUACACUUGUAUUAUUAAAGCACUCAAUAAAACACUGUGGCUGAUAAAUGCA